AUGGUGCCGUCGUCGUCGGGGCAGGGCAAGCGCCCGCGGACGACGCCGCUGUCUCCGGCCAUCGCCGAUGGGACGGACCACCUGAGCUCCCUCCCCGUCGAGAUGCUCGAGGAGAUCCUCCGGCGCCUGUUGCUUGACGACGCCGUCCGCACCUCCGCCUUGGCGAAGCACUGGCGCUACCGCUGGGCCGAGUGCCCCGGCCUCAAGCUCGUGUUCGUCGCCGAAGAUCCACCGGCUGCCGUAGAUGCCGUCCUCGCCGGGUACACCUGCAACGUCUCCCAUGCCCAGCUUGAGGUCGCGCCAGAGUCCAACGGCAAGGUGGACUGCUGGAUCCGCGCCCUUGCCGCCAAGGGUAUACGGUACCUGGUCCUGUGCUUCAUUCCUGCGUUCUCCUUGAUAUUGCCCACUGUCCCCGCCUCGCUCUUCUCCUGCCGCGAGCUGACCUCACUGCUGCUCAAGAGCUGUGUUUUCCCAGCCCUGCCGUCUUCCUCUGACGGCUUCCCCAACCUUUUGGCACUCCAACUGGAUGAUGUCAACUUUGGGGAGAACGGGGAGAUGACUGCUGAGGCACUGAUUGCCAUGUCCCCAUUGUUGAGGUCUCUUGGCAUCAUGUUCCCGUCGAUCGACGCUGACGAUGAGGGAAACUACAGUGAGUGGACGAUAAGGGCUCCAAACCUCAAAAUCCUCAGAAUAUGCGCAUGGGAGGACUAUGGGUGGCAGCUAGAUGAUCUUCCACUCAUUGAGGAAGCAUGUAUUCACCUGGAAAGCAGUGAGUUGCCAAGGAUAUCCUACCAGGGCUGA